CUUAUUGGCACGGUUGUACACGGUAUUUUCAGCACGAAUUUGAAUAGCUUAUUCAGUAAUCAGGAUGGCUGAUAGUGCGACAAUAGAGAGGGAAAAGCAUACGAAGCAGUUAAAGCGUAAAAUAGAAUGCUGGCGGGAAUUAAUACUUUCACUGAAUUCUAUUCUACUGUGGGAACAAUCUUGGUACCCUGCUCUCAUACUUGGGAUCACGACAACAAUAUUUUUACUGAUAUGGACGUUGGAACCUACUGUACUUACCAUAAUAUCUGUAUCUCUUCUCGUAUUGGCUUUGAUUGAUUAUAUUGUACCACCUAUAACGUCUUUUCUGAGCCCUGCCAAUAAUUGGACUGGCCAAAAGGAGAAAGAACUGGAUGAGAUCUGCCAAAAUUUAUCUGCACUAAUUUUACAGCUACAGAGUCUGUGGAAAUUAAUGCUACAGACGCGAAAAGAUCGUCCCAACUUUUAUUGUGCAGGAAUAAUAAUUUGUCUCAUGCUUUGUAUAUGGAUUGGAAAUACAGUUAAUAACUUGCUCCUCUUUUAUAUUGCAGUGAAUGCCAUAUUACUUAUGCCUGGACUUCGACAUAAAAAACGCCCAAUGGCAGUUAUUAAUUACGUGCGGGACUUCGUCAAACAAUCAUAAUCGUCGUCGUUUUGUAUGUACGUGUCUUUCUCUUCAUUAUCUGUGAGAUUUUUUAUCUAUACGAUAACGGUUAAUAACUAAUUUAUUAAGGAUAAACUAGCUUACCAGCUUUUUAAAUGAUUAUACUCAUAAAAAUUAUGCUCUCACUUUGUUUGUCAUUUCAUGUGAUAUUUAAGAUUGCAAUUCGAUUUACAAGCACUUUUAUACUAUGAGUGUAUACACACACACACUGUUCUUCAUUCAUUGAUAGUAAUAAAACUAUUACAUCUUUCGUGGAUGUUUAUUUAAAAUGAA